AAUGAGAGUGAUUCUUCUCUAGGACUAUCAGGAUGCAAAUAAUUGAGUAACAUGACUGCAAUGAUGAGAUCACGUCUCUCCUACCUAUGAGAUCAUGUUAUUUAAUUUUUAAAUCUGCCUGACUGCAAAUUCCUAUUCUCAUAUCAUCAGUUCCUGAUGCAUGGAUUAUUAGAUCACUUGAGAUCUACCUUUGUUUUAACCAUCCAAUUCGGAAGUUCCAGAAAUCAGUAUAUAAAUUCGUCAGCUGUUUGCACAGUCUUCAUUACUGUAUUCGAAAGUACUCGAAGAAAUGCAGAUCUUUGUAAAGACAUUGACAGGAAAGACGAUCACGUUAGAGGUUGAGCCUAGUGAUACUAUUGAGAAUGUGAAAGCGAAGAUCCAAGACAAAGAAGGUAUUCCUCCUGACCAACAACGUUUGAUAUUCGCUGGUAAGCAGUUGGAAGAUGGACGUACUCUGUCUGACUACAACAUCCAGAAAGAGUCGACUCUGCAUCUUGUCCUUCGUCUACGUGGUGGAAUGCAAAUCUUUGUGAAGACGUUGACUGGUAAGACGAUCACGUUGGAGGUUGAGCCUAGUGAUACUAUUGAGAAUGUGAAAGCGAAGAUCCAAGACAAAGAAGGUAUUCCUCCUGACCAACAACGUUUGAUAUUCGCUGGUAAGCAGUUGGAAGAUGGACGUACUCUGUCUGACUACAACAUCCAGAAAGAGUCGACUCUGCAUCUUGUCCUUCGUCUACGUGGUGGAAUGCAAAUCUUUGUGAAGACGUUGACUGGUAAGACGAUCACGUUGGAGGUUGAGCCUAGUGAUACUAUUGAGAAUGUGAAAGCGAAGAUCCAAGACAAAGAAGGUAUUCCUCCUGACCAACAACGUUUGAUAUUCGCUGGUAAGCAGUUGGAAGAUGGACGUACUCUGUCUGACUACAACAUCCAGAAAGAGUCGACUCUGCAUCUUGUCCUUCGUCUACGUGGUGGAAUGCAAAUCUUUGUGAAGACGUUGACUGGUAAGACGAUCACGUUGGAGGUUGAGCCUAGUGAUACUAUUGAGAAUGUGAAAGCGAAGAUCCAAGACAAAGAAGGUAUUCCUCCUGACCAACAACGUUUGAUAUUCGCUGGUAAGCAGUUGGAAGAUGGACGUACUCUGUCUGACUACAACAUCCAGAAAGAGUCGACUCUGCAUCUUGUCCUUCGUCUACGUGGUGGAAUGCAAAUCUUUGUGAAGACGUUGACUGGUAAGACGAUCACGUUGGAGGUUGAGCCUAGUGAUACUAUUGAGAAUGUGAAAGCGAAGAUCCAAGACAAAGAAGGUAUUCCUCCUGACCAACAACGUUUGAUAUUCGCUGGUAAGCAGUUGGAAGAUGGACGUACUCUGUCUGACUACAACAUCCAGAAAGAGUCGACUCUGCAUCUUGUCCUUCGUCUACGUGGUGGAAUGCAAAUCUUUGUGAAGACGUUGACUGGUAAGACGAUCACGUUGGAGGUUGAGCCUAGUGAUACUAUUGAGAAUGUGAAAGCGAAGAUCCAAGACAAAGAAGGUAUUCCUCCUGACCAACAACGUUUGAUAUUCGCUGGUAAGCAGUUGGAAGAUGGACGUACUCUGUCUGACUACAACAUCCAGAAAGAGUCGACUCUGCAUCUUGUCCUUCGUCUACGUGGUGGAAUGCAAAUCUUUGUGAAGACGUUGACUGGUAAGACGAUCACGUUGGAGGUUGAGCCUAGUGAUACUAUUGAGAAUGUGAAAGCGAAGAUCCAAGACAAAGAAGGUAUUCCUCCUGACCAACAACGUUUGAUAUUCGCUGGUAAGCAGUUGGAAGAUGGACGUACUCUGUCUGACUACAACAUCCAGAAAGAGUCAACCUUACAUCUUGUUCUGCGCCUACGUGGAGGCAUGUGAUUUCUGUUAAUGUAAAAUUAGAAAAUAAAUUUUAGUUUGAUUUUAUUUCUAAAUGUAGUCGUUUUCGCGUGCUUCGAAUGAUGUCGGUCUGUUGAAUCGUACUAAGUAAUGCGUCUUAGCAGUGUGAUACGGUCGAUGGAUAUUCGAGCCUAUACAGAUUUCAGCAAAGUUAUUCGUGGUUCAAUGAUGUUGUAGAACGAGUUGUUUGGACACAGUGUGUUUGAUGACAUAGGCAUUAGGAGUUUUAUGGUAUUGAGUAAGGAUACGCGUUUUGAAAUUUGUGGGAAAGUAAUCGCAAAUAAAGUGAGUGUCAUAUUACAACCGGUUUCGU